CCCAAGCAAUGCUUAUGUUCUAAAUACUAAUUAUUAUUCGCUCUCUCCCUUGUACAAUACUUAACCAACUAACACCACUACAACACCAAACCACUCCUUUGCUGCUCUGGCCUUCCCCUUAAAGAAACAGAAAGCCAAAUGCAAUAAUGGUCAAGAUAAAAGAGGCUCACUAAAGUUGGUGCUGAGGGGCUUGGCUUAUUAAAUGCUGAUCAUACCCUCCAUUUCUAUGCAAAAUUCAAGUAGACACUUUUGCCUUCUCUCCCUUAUUUCUAAGGAUCACACUUGCUCAAGUGAAAGGAAUAUAGGAACUUGUGGUGAUGAAAGAAAUAGAAUGUUAGAGGAAGCUUUGAUGUGAUUGUGAGGUGAGGAAAUUAGACAAGUGUUUGAAAAUGAGUACAGCAAGAUUCAUCAAGUGUGUUACUGUGGGAGAUGGAGCUGUGGGAAAGACUUGUAUGCUUAUAUCUUACACUAGCAACACAUUCCCCACGGACUAUGUGCCUACAGUUUUUGACAACUUCAGUGCAAAUGUGGUGGUUGAUGGCAGCACAGUUAACCUGGGAUUAUGGGAUACUGCUGGACAGGAGGAUUACAACAGGCUUAGGCCUUUGAGCUAUAGAGGAGCAGAUGUGUUUUUGCUUGCAUUUUCCCUUCUCAGCAGAGCCAGCUAUGAGAACAUCUCUAAGAAGUGGAUUCCUGAACUGAGACAUUAUGCCCCAACUGUGCCAAUUGUACUUGUGGGAACCAAACUUGAUUUAAGGGAAGACAGGCAGUAUUUGAUUGAUCAUCCUGGAGCCACUCCUAUAACUACUGCCCAGGGAGAAGAGCUGAAGAAGGCAAUUGGUGCUGCUGUGUACAUAGAAUGCAGCUCAAAGACUCAGCAGAAUGUGAAGGCUGUGUUUGAUGCUGCAAUCAAGGUUGUUUUGCAGCCACCAAAACCAAAGAAAAAAAGAAAGAAGAACAGAACAUGCGUUUUUCUUUAAUUGGUAUUCAUGUUUGAUUUGCAUCCUGUAACAUUCAUAACCUUCUCCUAAGUUUUCCUUCCUUCUCUUCUUUUACUUUAUUUGAUUUCACGAAUCCGCCUUUUGAACAUAUGUAUUCCAAACUCUACCCUCUUUCCGUUUUCUUAUAUUUUCUUGUUGGUGGAUCUAAAUGAUGUUCCAAUGUAUCUACCGGAUAUAUACAAGGAGAGGCUGUACUCAAUUGAAGAUAAAUUUUGUGUUGAGAAAAGUAUAAUGUCAUUAAUUAAUCACUUUUGUGUUGCUCAA